GAAUGGGAAUGUGCUAAAUCGCAUCGUGUUCAUUGCUUUCGUUGAUCAUCAUCCAAGUAAUAUCAAUCCCCUGCUCUUUGGAAUUAUCUUUGCAGGGCAAGUUUAGGAGGAGUCCCUUAUUCGCCGGUGACUCGAUUUGGGAGGAUCCCACGACUCCACGGUGUAGUAACUAACAAAUGAAAUUCCAUCCCCUACUGCAUAUUAGGCUUUCUGCACCUCUACCAUUGCAAGGAGUCUAACAUCUGAUUUCUACUUUCCUCUGCAAGGUAUCUAAGUGCCUAGUUAAGGUACUGAGCAGGGUCACCUACCUUCGUCUUUUAAUACCCGGGUCCGCCAUCCAAUUCAAGGAAGGGCAGAGUCUCUGACAAGGAGCCGUCUGCCCGAACCUCUUCUCCUCUUCUCCUCACAUGAACCUCAGGCUCUGGGCUAACUCUAGAGCCUACCUGCUACCACCAAAACGCGCGAUAUCUGUUCGUGCCUUCAGCUCUCUAGGUUUUAUCAACCCAAGGCCUCGAUAUCAGGUGGUCUCCUUACCUCCCGGAACUACGCCCCCAGUCUCUGGGCUGCCUCGGAUCACUCACAAGAUUCGAUUUUACACAAUGUCGUCUGACAAAGUUCAACCAAAUGGAAUGCCGGCGUCCAAACCGGUCCUGUUCUUUGAUAUCGACAACUGUCUCUAUCCUAGAAGCACCCGAGUCCAGGAGCUCAUGGCGAAGCUCAUAGAUGAGUACUUUGAAAAGCACUUAUCCCUCAGCCAGGAAGACGCCAAUAAGCUGCAUAACGAAUACUACCGCAACUACGGCCUGGCCCUUGAGGGUCUGGUCCGCCACCACCGCAUCGACUCCUUAGAAUACAAUUCCAAGGUUGACGAUGCUCUUCCGCUGGAGGAUGUUCUGAACCCGAACCCAGAGCUUCGCCAGUUGCUAGAGGACAUCGACCGGAACAAAGUCACCGUGUGGCUCUUUACGAAUGCUUAUGUCAACCAUGGCCGCCGGGUGGUACGCUUGUUGGGAGUCGACGACCUCUUCGAGGGCCUGACGUAUUGCGAUUACGCUCAGUAUCCCCUCGUAUGCAAGCCUUCCAAGGAGAUGUAUCUCAAAGCCAUGCGGGAAGCGGGCGUUGAACGGCCAGAGGACUGUUUCUUCGUUGACGAUUCAUACCUCAACUGCCAAAAGGCCCAAGAAUACGGCUGGACAGUAGCCCAUUUGGUCGAAGAGGGCUUCCCUCUGCCCAAAACGCCAUCAUGCAAGUACCAGAUCCGCCACCUGCGGGAGUUGCGAGACACUUUUCCUCAGUUUUUCAAGUCCACGCAAUCCUAAUCGUCUUCCAACGGGCUUUUGGUUUCAGGGGGGAUAUGGGAAGAGAAGAUACUCCUCAAGGAUUUAGAUGAAUGGGGAUAGAGCCGAACAGGAGCAUCAUUCUUCUUGCCACAUCUAGGACAGUCAGUCGAAGAAGACAAGAAUCAAUAAAAGAACCCACAAAGCGGGUAGAAUACACGGAGGUG